CACUAUGAGUAAGUUUUGCUGAUGAUGUUUCUGUACUUCAACUCUAUUUUUGAAUGCAACCAUAUAUAAACAUAUACUACAUGUUAUAAACUAAUAGUAAAGUGAUGCCUGAGGUAAAUGUAAAGCCUGCAGCGCCAUCUAGCGUUAAAAAAUCUGAAUUGCCUGCUUGAUCCGGUCUUCGUCAGCCAACCACAGGAAAGAGGGCUUGCCGUGAUCUGGACUGAGGCGGAUGGGACCAGAAACCUUUGUUCUGUCUCUCCUCCCAAUGCGAGAAUAAAAAAAACACAAGACCCCUUCAAGCAAAACUGAGCUCGCAUCUUGGGGGUUAAUGGCGAUCGCAGAUGGCUGAUUUAUUAAUCAGCAAUUAGCAGAAUUUAUUUAUCAGAGCAUUUUUUGUUUUGUUUUCGUGGUCGCUGCAACCGGAGGGGGACAUCUGGUCGCUUUUUUUUCUCUCUGUCUAGCUGCUAAAUGGAAAUAAAACGCGGAACUGAAACUGGCAGCGGUGGAGGUAAUGAUCUUCCAGUCCAUUAUCUACGCCUCCUGGCCACACCCCUGCAGCUUUUUUCAGCUGCAAUGUGGCAAGUUGUGCAGCAGGGACUUGUGGAUCACUACGGGAUGCUGGAGGAGUUUGUUACCAUGGUGACGGAGCUGGUCCCAGAGCUGAUGAGCUACAGUCAGAGGGCUCAGCUCAUCCUGGGACUAAGGGCCAGGCUGGUUCUGGAGAUGUGUCGAGGCGAGCACCCAAUGGACAUGCAAACCAUUCAGCCACAUCUGGACAGAAUUAAAGCUCCUGUUAGCACAGCCAAAGAUCACCAUGUCACCAUUAACCAGGUGGAGGAAUCUGAGGUGAACUUUGUGGAGUUGGUGCAUUCAUUACUAGAGGAUCCUUCUGACAGAAAAUAUUUUUUCCAGGACAUCUUUCCUGUGUACUUUGGCUCAAAGUACGAUGCAGCCCUUGAGAUGCUUGUGUGGGAGUUUAUUUCAAGGCUGGAGGAGCUGCUGCCAGUUCCAGACUUCACACAGUUGGCAGCUUUACUUGGAGACACUCCGUCAUUACUAGACAACUGUUUACAAUCCUUUUUCCCGCCAGAGGACAUGAAGACAAUACUUGAACACCACAGAAACCUUGGUCAUUUUGGAGAAAAAGAUCCUAGAUUAUUACCGAUGGAUGACUGCAUCCUCUCCUCCCUGUCCCUUCCUCCUGUGACCAAACCUGUCAUGAACACUACCUCCUGCUCACCUGCUCUCAAAGACUCAACCCCUCCAGAGUGCAAAGGACAUCCCGGUGCGCCCAACAACACGAGCAGCCUGGAGAGGGCGAUCAGGGGGGGCUCUGAGACAAUCAGACAGAGACUGAGGGAAACGGGGGACUCGGGCAGCUGGCAGCUACAGGUUAGAGGCGGAAACUGUAGCAUUUCUCAGGAGAGGAAAGUGCAAAACUCAAUUAACACACGUCCAUGCGAUGAAACUAUAGACCUCACUACAUCUAAUGAGACAGCGGGCACGGACUCAGCAGCCAAUGAGAACAGCCAAAGCUUCAGAGGAGAGCGGGUUCCCAGGAAGAGGAAGCUUAGCGGAGGUGUAGACAUUCCCACAAAGCAGCCUAUGGAGGCAUCAGCUUUCUUGGAUUCUUCUGUGGAUGAUGAGAAUUCAGAUGAGUCUCCUCUAAUCUCAAUAUGGGGAGAAUAUACAGACUCUCAGGAAGGUUCUUUCCCAGUUGUAACUGACUCAAAAGUUCCCUGGUCGGACGAGGAGACGCUCAAUCUGCUCGACAUUUGGGGGAAGGACUCGGUACAGCGGGCUUUGAAGGGCUGCUUGAAGAACCGUCAUAUAUUCACUCAGAUCGCACAGAAGAUGGCAGAGAGGGGCUACAUGAGAACAGUUCAACAGUGCCAGACCAGGAUCAAACGACUGAAGAAAUGCUUCCGAAAGAACAACAGAGGGAACUCCAGGUUGGAGUAUAAAUAUUACGAGCAGCUGGAGCGAGUACUUGGCUCCUCAGCUUCCUCGGCUGUUCCUGAGGUCACCUACGAUGUUGAAGAAGUCAUUGAUGAAGAUGAGUCCCAGGACGACGAUGAGGAUUUGCAGUUCCUGGGCCACACGAGUCGACAGGAAAUCGGAACUAGAAGCGUUCCCUGGACAGACUUUGAGACGUUGGCCCUCAUCAACACAUGGGGUGAAGACAAGAUUCAACAGGAGCUGAGAGGAAUGCACAGAACCGGGCAAGUUUUUUCCAUCAUAUCCAACCAGAUGGCUGCCCAAGGAUUCUCCCGAACACCCGAGCAGUGCCAAACGAGGCUGAAGAGGCUGAAAUCAAGUUUCAGGCAGUGCUACGAAAACAACAUGAAGGGACUGGAGCAAGUUCAGUGCAAGUUUUACGAUGAACUGGCAAGAAUUUUAGUGAAGGACCUCCCUUCAGUGCCGCAGUUGGAUGAAACACCAGGAGAGGCUGAAGACGACGACAACGACUUUCCUGCCUACUCCCAUCAGGAUAUCGAGUCCGCUGUGGGCAUUCAGGAGGACAGGAAGAAAGUCCCCUGGUCCGACAAAGAGACCAUCAUCCUUUUGGAGAUUUGGGGAGACCCACAGGUCCAGCAGAACCUGAGACGUUACCCACACAACGGUCACCUUUUCACAGAAAUAUCAGAGAAACUCUGCGCCAAUGGCUACCCUCGCAGUGCAGAGCAGUGCCACACCAGAAUCAAACGGCUGAAAUCCAGCUAUCGCCAGUGUCAGGAAAGCAUGAGCUCAUCUGGGACUGUCGAUUUUAAAUUCUACGAUUUGCUGGAACAAAUCCUGGACAAGCAGCCAUCGACAUCUUCCACCGUGGUAACAGACUCCAUUGAAAUAUCCGAAGACUCCAAUGGUGAAUCAGUGUCUGAAACAGAUGGAGAAAUCAACAUGUCUGCAGAUAAACCAGCACCCGGCUCGUGGUCAGAUGAGGAGACCCUGGCGCUUAUCGAUAUCUGGGGCGAAGAAGAAGUUCAGAGGGCGCUUAGGGGUUUUGUCCACAACGGGCACGUUUAUGCCGACAUUUCAGAGAAAAUGCACGACCUCGGAUACACGAAAACCCCGGAGCAGUGCCGCUGGAAAGUCAAGUCACUGAGGAACAACUUUCGGCAGUGCUACGACAGGAAGAAAUGUGGAAGAAGAGUAGAUUAUAGGUUCUACAACCAGCUGGAACAAAUACUCGGACCGGAGGCGGUUUCUGUUGAUGAGUACGAUGAAAGAGACGAACAACCAGAACAGGAUCCAGCAAUAGGAACAGACAGUGUGAACACAGUAUGGACGGAGCAGGAGACGGCGGCUCUCGUUGAGGUCUGGGCGGCAGAUGACGUGCAGCACAGCCUGAAAACCUGCGUCCGUAAUGGGCACAUAUUCAUCGACAUAUCGGAGAAGAUGGCCGCCAUGGGAUACAUGAGGACAGCGGAGCAGUGUCACUCCAGGAUCAAAAGGCUGAAGAAGACUUACAGGCGGUUCUGCAACAGCCGGAGAAGUGGAGGCCGGCCUGCAGUGUUUCGAUACUUCGACCUCCUUGCUCCGGUGCUUGGUGACAACUCUGUGUUUGCCGAUGUGGACGGCACUGCUGCUGACGCCACCUUGCAAACCCUUAUGGACAAGGAUCCUAACAUGUUUGAGCAGCCCUCAACCAGCCACCUUCUGUCCGACCUGAGCAGAAAGACGCCCUGGUCGGACCAGGAGACUCGCACGCUGCUGGAGAUCUGGGGUGAAGAUAGUGUCCAGCUCACCUUGAAGGGCUGCCUGAAGAACCGCCACGUGUUUGAGUACAUCUCUGAGAAGAUGGGUGACCAAGGAUAUAUAAGGACCUCAGAGCAGUGCUACACCCGCAUCAAGCGCCUUAAGCACGGCUUCCUCCAUGAAAAAGAGGAAUAUAAAUUCUUCAGUGAGAUGGAGAAAAUCUUCAGGAAGGAGUUGAAAGUUGACGGACCAGUCGCAGACACGUCGAUCAUAGAUGAACCGGAUGAAGGCACCCUUGAACUGAGCCAAAAGAAAGCUGGCUCAAGUAACCCGUGGAUGUCCGAUAGCUCUAAGCUACCCUGGAGCGAUGGGGAAACCGAGGUCCUCCUGGAAAUUUGGGGGAGCGAGGAGAUUCAGGAGAACUUGAAAGGCUGCACCAAGAACAAACACAUCUUCAUCCAGAUCUCUGAGGUCAUGGCCAGCCAGGGCUACCUGCGCACUCCUGAGCAGUGUCAAACGAGGAUAAAGAGGCUGAGGGCCAAUUUCCGACACUUCCUAGAAGGCAGAAAAGGAGAGAAACAGGAAUGCAAGUUCUUUGACCAGUUGGUGCAGAUAUUUGGCAGCAAGUAUGUAACCUCUGACCCGCAGGCCGAGGAUACAGCCAAUGUCGUAGAGUCUUGAAACCGUCUGUCCAUUAUCGUAGAGCCAUAUUGAGAGUACACAACAGCAGCAGAUGGAAGAAGGAGAACAGCCAACAAGGACAUUCAUGCAGAAACUGUGAAUAUAACAGCUGUGGUGUGCAGUUGUUUACAGAUGACAGAACAGGGCCUGUACAGGCUCAUUCAGAUCUACAUUUGCCUCUGUAUAUACUUCAGAUACUUUUACAUUCUUCAGACAUGCAGACCUUCUUAGGCUUGGACUGCUGUGAGUGUGUGUUUGUGUUCCUCCACCAGAGUGUCUUUUUGAUUAUUUACGACAGAGCCAUGACACUAAAACCAGGACGCUCAGGGCUCGAGGGACAAGAAAGAAUCUCUGGUUUUGACCUGGUGGGAGUCACACAAGAUGCUGUCUUCCUCUGGAAAACAUGUUUUUACUUGUAUAAAAUUUAUUUUGUACUUGAAUUUGAAGUAAGUGAAGCAGAGCACACGCAAAAAACGAAUACACGCAAGGCCUCUAGCACUGUAACCACAGCCUACAUUCGCUUUUUGGUCCUAGUUCAGAUCUUACUUUUGUUUGUCAUGUUUGAAAUCUAAGUGGUGAAAAGUAAAAGAUGAAUUUGUUACGUUAUUUCUUAUUUUUGUUCAGAAUUUUAUUUAUUUACAUUAAUGUUUACAUAUGUAUUUCAAAGUUUUACAAUUUACUUUAAAUAUGUUACUCUUUGAACUUUGAGGCAUAUUUUUUCCACAAAUGUGUAGAGGUUUUGUCAUAUCCAUUAAAAGAAACUUGAAAUGUCUGAUUUAGGAUUUAUUUCUGUGAUUUGUUGUGUGUAAUAAAAAAAAUGUGUUUAAGAUUUCAGACUUUGUACAGAGGAACCAUAAUGAAAACAAUAAAAACCAACAGCAGAAGAUGAA